CUAGUCCAGCAAUUCACACUUUUGGUCCCAUUUUCAUAAAUUUCCCAUCACAAUCAAUAUUGUCAUCAUCCUGACAAAACCCAAAUAACCAGACAUGAGAAAACUCCCUUCUAACCGCCGACCUACAAUCCCAAACAAACCAAAACACCAAUCCUAAACCACACACACCAUUGUUGAUAGACUACGAACAAAUCAACAUUUUACUCAGUCACAAGAAUCAACACAGACCCAGCUCAAAUUAUCUUCAUAUAAAACGAAAAUUGGAAAAAAAAAUAAUGAGAAAUUAUAUGGGCACCAUUUUUUCCUCAACUGCUCCCUCAUCCCAUCCCUAUCCACACACGCCUGUGCGUAAUUGAUUUUCGUUUUUACACAUGGGCACACAUAAAAAAAUUGGAUGUGUAUAUAUAGACCGAGCCCUAUAUGGGUUCUUGAAAAUAGUCAAAAUAUAGGGAAAUUAACAGAAGGGUUUUGGGUCAAUAGAUACGCACAGAUACACUGUGUUGUGAGACGCGAGGUGGUUUUAGCGGCGAUGGAUCACGCGGCGGAUGCGCACCGGACGGAUUUGAUGACGAUAACGCGUCACGUGCUGAACGAGCAGUCAAAGCACCCCGAGUCGCGUGGGGAUUUCACGAUUUUGCUCAAUCACAUCGUCCUUGGGUGCAAGUUCGUUUGCUCUGCUGUUAACAAGGCUGGUCUGGCUAAACUUAUAGGACUUGCUGGCGAGACCAAUGUGCAGGGCGAAGAGCAGAAGAAACUAGACGUGCUCUCGAAUGAAGUUUUCGUCAAGGCAUUAGUCAGCAGCGGCCGAACUUGCAUACUUGUUUCUGAAGAAGAUGAAGAGGCGACAUUCGUUGAUCCACCUAAGCGUGGAAAAUACUGUGUUGUGUUCGACCCAUUGGACGGGUCUUCCAAUAUCGACUGUGGUGUUUCAAUUGGAACUAUCUUUGGCAUUUAUGCGAUCUUUGAUGGGCACGACCCGAAACUGGAAGAUGUGUUGCAGCCUGGGAAAAACAUGUUAGCUGCAGGCUAUUGCAUGUACGGGAGCUCUUGCACGUUUGUGUUGAGCACUGGAUCUGGAGUUAAUGGGUUCACUCUCGAUCCAUCUCUUGGAGAAUUCAUACUGACUCAUCCAGAUAUUAAGAUCCCGAAAAAGGGCAAAAUUUACUCUGUUAAUGAAGGAAAUGCCAAGAACUGGGAUGGCCCAACAGCAAAGUACGUGGAAAAAUGCAAGUUUCCGAAAGAUGGAUCACCGUCAAAAUCAUUAAGAUACAUUGGAAGCAUGGUAGCCGAUGUUCACCGUACGUUGCUUUAUGGAGGCAUAUUUUUGUAUCCAGCUGAUAAAAAGAGCCCGAAUGGAAAAUUGAGGGUCCUCUAUGAAGUUUUCCCCAUGUCGUUUUUGAUGGAACAAGCAGGCGGACAGGCUUUUACCGGAAAGCAAAGGGCACUUGAUUUGAUUCCUACAAAGAUACACGAGCGUUCACCGAUAUUCCUCGGUAGCUAUGACGAUGUUGAGGAGAUCAAAUCAUUGUAUGCUGCUGAAGAGCAGAAAUAAAUCAGCAGCUUGUGUAAAUUUCUUUGCAUGAGUUUCAGUUCUCAACGUGCAAAUUACACUUUUUCUUCCCUGUAUUAAAAUAGUAUAACUAUUAAUUUCUGUAAUAAAUUUCUCUUUCUCUGCUGAUUUUAUCUCUUGAGCCCUGAAGAUAACUGGGAUUCAAAGGUUGAUGUCUAAGAUUGUUUAACACAAGAAUUUGUAUUAAACAAACUAAUAAUAACUAAAAAGAACACAAAUUAUAUAUCAUAUCGUAUUGUCCACAAUGUUCUGUUUUUCAGGUUAAUCAUGUAAUUAACUAACAUUUUUAUCGGAUGACUAAUUGUUGAGCUUGA